UUGGUCAGAAUAUUUAGCUCCAGGAUUCUGAUUGGCCCUCGCUCUAAGUUCAGAGGUUAGCUUGUUAUGUAGCCAGCUAGCCGCAGAUGGGUGUGUUACCUGCUGAUUUUAUAACACUAGUUCUUACUUCAGCUUAAAGUGACACUCGAUAAUAUAUUUGGCGUGCUCCAGGACGUUGUCGCUUCUUUAUUUGACCUGUUCUGUACAUUUGUUCGUGUGUUUUGAGCGCAGACAUGCUAAUAUUAGCCGUGUAGCUACCUAGCGAGCUAACUAGCUAAGUGAGGGACAAGUGUUCUUCCUAAUGACUUCUUGCAUGAAAAGCUGACCUUGUUAGCUCGGACAGGUAAAAGGCGACUUGAAUGGGUUCCGUCAGAGCUAUGACGUCAUUCAGGCUGCUGAGUUUGUUUACCAGUAAAGCAGUAGACUGGAGCCAAACAUUAGCCAGAGCAGGCUGGAGUGUGUGUGGCAGGAGGAAUGUGUGCAGCUCACCUUCCAGGCUGCAGGGCUGCAUGGCAGCCUGGGUCAUCCACCAGUAUGGAGCCAGUGGAGUCCUGAAGCUCUCAGAGGAGACCCCCCUCCCCAUAGUCCGCUCCCCCACUGAGGUGAUGGUUAAAGUCCAUGCGGCCAGCCUCAACCCUCUGGACAUAUCUAUGAGGGGUGGUUAUGGAGCUAAACUGCUUAAGUUAAGAAGGGAUCCACUGUCUGUGCUGAGCAGUGACAGUGAGAGCGAGUUCCCUCUGAUUCUGGGUCGGGAUGUGUCCGGUGUGGUGGUGGACUGUGGGUCAGAGGUCACGCAUGUUCUUCCUGGAGACGAGGUGUGGGCUGCUGUUCCUCCGUGGAAACAAGGCAGUCUGGCAGAAUAUGUGACUCUCACAGAGUACGAGGUUUCCCAUAAGCCAAAGCUACUGAGUCACACAGAGGCAGCAUCCAUCCCGUAUGUAGCCAACACGGCUCUGUCUGCACUCGUCAAUGCAGGAGGUCUUUGCAGAGACAGCUCUUCAAAUAAAAGAGUUUUGAUCACCGGGGGAUCUGGAGGUGUUGGAACAUUCUCCAUUCAGUUACUGAAGGCCUGGGGCGCCCACGUUACUGUUACCUGCUCCCAGAACGCUGAAGGCCUCGUGAGAGGGCUCGGGGCCGACGAGGUGGUGGACUACACAGCUGGAGACGCACCUGAUCAGCUACAGAUGAUGGAGAAGUUUGAUGUGGUUCUGGACAGCGUGGGUGGGGAAACGGAGCAGUGGGCGAUGGAGCUGCUGAAGCCCUGGUCCGGGGCAAAGUACGUCACCCUGGUAACGCCUUUACUCAGCAGCACCGACUCCAUGGGCCUGCUGGACGGGGUCUUCCAGGCUGGAUCCACCCUGCACAACAAGGCCAUACAGAACAUCAUAUCCAACGGGGUGUUCUAUCGGUGGGGGUUCUAUGCUCCAGAUGGUCCUGCUCUGGACGAAGUCAGCCGGCUGGUGGACGCAGGGAAGAUCCUGCCAGUGGUGGAGGCCCAGUUCCCGUUCUCCCAGGUCCCCCAGGCCUUCCAGAAGCUGGAGCAGGGCCACGCCCGAGGGAAGACGGUGGUCCGGGUGGCUGAGGAGGACGACCGGCAGGACGAAGAGUUGGUGCAGAGCGCUGCAGAGGCUGAGGGGGAGGAGCAAGAAACGCUGAAGCAGAACUAGACGGAAAAUUAAGUUUCUCACCUUCACACGGCUCCUCCUGACACCAGAGGACUUUAUUAUUCCUAGAGAGCUCAGCCAGACUACCAGCGUGAGCUGAGCUGGUAAUGGGAGCGUGCCAAAGGCUGCUGGUCCUGUCAAACACCACACUUCCUGUAUUGUCUUCAUGUUUUCACAAGCUGCUUGAGUUACAUUUGGUUCCUGUCAUGUUAAAGUUAUAUGGCUCAUAGUCAGGCGGCUUAGGACCAGAUUUGAGAAGAAAGGGGACACGCCGGACAAAAGCACCACAUUUUUUCCACAUGCUCUCUAUCACCAUAGGUUUCAAUUUUUGGUAGGAGCCACUUCUACAUCACAAAAUGACCAGAAAAGACACAAAAUGACCAAAAAAAGACAGAAAUUGACCAAAUAAAGACACAAAUUGGCCAAUAAGGACACAAAAUGAUCAAAAAAGACACAAAUUGACCAAAAAAAAGACGCAAAAUGACCAGAAAAGACACAAAAUGAAUAAAAUAAGAUACAAAUUGACAAAAAAACAACACAAAUUGACCACAAAAUGAUCCAAAAAAGACACAAAAUGACCAAAAAAAAGACUAAAACACAUUAACACAUGAACACUUUAACACAGUGGAGACAGAGCUGACUUCCAAAAUGAUUUGGCGACCAUCAAGAUUCCGGAACAGAUAUGGCACCCAUAUAAAGUCUAUGAGAACCAGUAUAUCUAUUUGAUCAUCUAGUGAUAUUCUCAGUAGCUUUAAAUUAUUCUUUGACCCAGAAAAUGUAUUUUUUUGACACCAAGAUUGAUCUUUUAAGUGGCUUGGAAGAUAUACUGGUUCUCAUAGACUUUAUAUGGGUGCCAUAUCCGUUCUGGAAUCUUGAUGAAGUGGCUCCUACCAAAAAUUGAAACCUAUGGUCAUAGAGAGCAUGUGGAAAAAAAUUUGGUGCUUUUGUCCGGCGUGUCCCCUUUUUUUCACUAAGCCACCUGACUAUUACUAUAAUUACCAGCCGUCAACUAAUAAAUACCAUUCAGGUCAGUUUCGAGCUGCCACGAAACAGGCUUCUUGGAAAUCUGAAUGCUGCAAUACAUCCAUCGAACCUGGUCUCACAGAAAUCUGUGAAAUAGCCACGGAAUC